GUAUUUUAUCCAGUUGUGCUCCGACCGUGUAGCUCUACACAUCGUUAGUGUUUGUUUAAGAUUUUUAAAUCACAAUUUAUCUCGAUAUUUAAAUCAAGACAAUAAAGUUAUUGCUGUAAUUGACAAGCAUUUUUAUUGACCAACAGAUAAGAACAUACACUUGUUACACUAUUCUUUUCACUUGGAAUUUUAUUUUUUAAAUAUACAAACACAAGUUGAACACGUGUAUCUUUUGAUAAACUUGAUUUAAUUAUCUCAGUUUUAAUUAAAUUUAUUUUAAUAUUUCAUUUUAUUUGUUUGUUUUAUUUUUCCUCGAGUGGUUUUUAAUUUUCGCGGUACUCAGUGAUUAAUUGUCGUUAAUGGAUGUUGAAUUAUGAGAUCACCUUGAUUGAUCCAAAGUGUGGAGAACGAUGAUUAUUUGGACGAUGCAUCGAGUUUUGUAGAAUUUAGAUAAAUUCACACGUGAAUAGAGUGCGUGUGUAUUAAAUAUAUUAAGUGGGUUUUAUUGGAAGGGUGCGAUUGGUCACGUGUCGGGUGAGAAGUAUAUUACGAUGGAGACGAAUGAAAAUUGGCCAGGGAGGAAAAGCAUCGAAGCGACGGUGCCGAAGAAGUUCCGGAAAGAGUCUAACCGGACGGAAACUAUUGGACUCAAUUGGGCGAUGCUGUUUCUCUGUAUAGGGAGUCUUGGAAUUUCCGCUAUUCUUGCUUAUCGUGAGGUGCAACUUGAAGCACGAUUGGCUAGUCUAGAAGCACGCUGCGAUCAUCAAGAAAACAGUGAGGUCAUCGUCAAGAGGCUCCGACGAGAGGUUCAAGAGGCUUUCUUAGGACAGAAAAUCCCGUAUCCAGAGGGAGGCAUCUUUAGAAUCAAGAGGGAUGUCACUGAAUGCAAUUGCCCACCCGGCCCACCUGGUGAACAAGGACCACCCGGCAAAAGAGGGAAAAAAGGCAAAAAAGGAGACUCUGGGGAACCCGGACCACCGGGUGUUGCAGGGACUCCGGGCAAGAAUGGUUUUCCGGGCCCUAUUGGAUUAGACGGACCCAAAGGGGAUCCGGGUCGACCAGGUGACAAGGGACAAAAGGGAGAACUUGGAAGUCCAGGCUUCGACGUUUUCUCAGCUGUAAAGGUCAAUGCACAGGGAUUGGGGUUAAAGAGGUCGGUGACAACGCUUCGCGGUGGGACACUCGGCUACGCGGAAAUCGUCGCACUAAAGGGAGAACCAGGUGAGCCAGGCCCACCUGGACCACCCGGACCACAAGGAUCUGAAGGUAUUGCGGGUCAAGAUGGUAGACAAGGAAUUCCAGGACAGACAGGAGCUCCUGGAGAACGUGGUCCACCUGGUCCCCCAGGUCCACUUGGGCCUAUUGGACCUCAAGGACUUGUAGGACCCAAGGGUAAAUCUGGUGACUACGGACCUCCAGGAUUGCCGGGAUUACCAGGACAUCCAGGGAUUCCAGGUAUGCCAGGACGCAAUGGAACCCGUGGCUUUCCAGGAAGACGUGGUGACAAGGGCGACAAGGGUGACCGUGGCUUGACAACAUCAUUGGACGGAAAGCAGAUCCCUGCUGGAGCCUUCGAAGGACCUCCAGGUCCUCCGGGACCGCCUGGACCCCCAGGCGAAAAGGGAGACUUGGGUCCCAUUGGACCACCCGGUCCACCCGGAGAAAAGGGUCCUCGGGGCAAGCAAGGCAAAAAGGCUCUGCAUGGAGAAUGCCGUUGUCCCAAUGCGAUGAUUGGUCCACCAGGUGAAAAAGGCGAACAAGGAAUGCAAGGACCUAAGGGAGAACCCGGAGUCGCAGGAUCACCAGGUUUGGAUGGAAUCAAUGGAGAGGCUGGAAUACAAGGCCCACCUGGAUUACCAGGAUCGGCUGGACCAAAAGGAGAAAAAGGAGAGUAUGGAGAUAUUGGACCACCAGGUCUUAUGGGACCUCCUGGUUUGCCCGGCCCUCCAGGUGCUCCUGGUCUUAAAGGCGAAAAGGGAGAAAAAGGAGAAUCGAAGUACAAAAAAUUAAGAAGAAGACAGGGCGAUGGAACAUUCGAAGUUAACGCCGGUGAAGUGAUAAUGGGACCUCCCGGACCACCUGGACCCGCUGGUGCUCCAGGACUUCAAGGCCCUCCAGGCAUAAAAGGAGAUAGAGGACAUGAUGGUGCUAAAGGCGAGCCUGGCGAGAAAGGCGCUAAGGGAGAUCCUGGUCCGAUGGGACUACCCGGACCUAUGGGACUGAGAGGUGAAUCUGGUCGACCAGGAGAUGCUGGUAAACCAGGGGCGAUGGGACCACCAGGAUUAGAUGGUAUGAAGGGUGCCCAAGGUGAACCGGGAAUCAAGGGAGAACGUGGGGAUUCAGGUCUGCCCGGUACUGAUGGGAUUCCUGGUGCUCAGGGUUCCAAAGGCGACAAAGGUGCCCCCGGCGCAACCGGCGAACCAGGUAAAAAAGGUAAAAGAGGUGACAAAGGAAAUAAAGGUGAACAAGGCGUUCCUGGACUAGAUGCUCCUUGUCCUCUUGGAAAUGAUGGUCUACCACUUGCUGGAUGUGGUUGGAGAGGACCUCAGCAGGACGUCGUGAGUACACCAAGCUCAACCCAUGAAGAACCUGAACCAGCAGAAACAGACUACGAUAACCGGAAUACAGAGGAGGAUGAGUACGACGAGGAAUACGCAGACCCUAAUGGCAAUCUCGCUGAGAAAUAAUGCCCGUUUUCUCUUUUUACGUCGAAAUCGCAACCCUCCUACUACACAAUCGACAAUCUCCGCUAUCAUAUCAUCACAACUACCAACGCCGAAGCAUACCUACACUCAUCGAUAUCUAGUUCUACUGAUGCUGCUACUGUUGAACUCAUCUGCACUACCAAACUAACUCACCCAUCCGUCGAGAAUAUUACGUGAAUGGUUACUGGAGGAAGGAGAGCAACAGAAGCAGCAACAGAAGAUUCAUAAAAGAGAAAGACACUAAAACUUCAUCAGGAAGCAAUUGAAAACGACCAAUUUAUUUCUACGCUCAUCUCUACUUGCCAAUCCCCCAAGGAUAAACCACGUGGGAGGGCCUGCAUUUCGACGAGUUCGACAAACGAGUCAAUAAUUAUAUACCCAGUGAAUUCCAGGUCUUGGCCGUAAGUGUUGUAAAUAAAUGUACUUACAGUGUAACCAAGCAACCAAGUGUGUACGUGUAUAUCGUGAGUCCAUGUGUGUGUGUAUAAAAUAAUCUGUGGAAAAAAAACACAAAAAUAAAUAUAGUAUGUUAAUUAUAAUAAAAUAAACCAAUAGAAUAUUGCUCUAAUUAAUAAAUAAAAUCACAACAAAAAAAUUAUUGGACA